GCCACUAUAAAAGGACCUGUUCAUUGUAGAAAUAACAGUCAAGGUUACAGAUAAGAGCUGAAGACGAGUUCACUACAAGAUCCAAGAAACAUGAAGACCUCGACCCUCCUGUGUGUCUGUUUAUUAGGCUUUAGUUACUGUCUGGCAGUGGACGACGUGUAUGAAUAUCUGUGGGAGAAGAAUAAAGACAUCGCCGUUAAGACAAUCGAGUCGGACUUCCUGAGACAAAUGGAGAACGGCAGCCUGCAGGCAGAGCGAUACGUCAACUUCACCAUCCAGGACAUCGGCUAUCUACUGAAAGUCACCAAGAUGUUAAAGAGAAUGAGUGCCAAAGUUGCUCUUCCCAACGACAUCAAGGACUUCAUGAAAAGCAGAUACUCGAGCUACAAAAGCUUUGCAGACUUCAUGCUCAAACAAUACUUUUUCAAGGGUGAGCCUAACAUUCAGCAAACCCCAGCUAUGAGGAAGUAUCUGGCGUACUACAGAAACUUGAUGGACAAUGAAGAGUCGCUGUACUUCACCGUGGGUCUUCUGCCCUGCUCCAGACUCUGGGUUUGGCUGGGUAAUACUCUCAACAUCCCUCCAACCAAUGCCUACUAUACCUGGAAGGUGGGGAAUAUGGGCGGCCAUCCUGAGAAACACUACAAAGCUCUGCUGAAUAAGUAUCUCGACACAACUGAGAAAGUGGCAAAGGCUAAUGGCAUAUUCCGUGCACAGAUGCAGAAUGAGCAUGAUUUCUUCCUCUCGUCUUGAGAGAGAAGUGUUGCAAAUAGCCUGUUGUCUGAGCAACUUAAAGUUUGAAUAUUUGGUUGCAUAUUUUAAGGUUAAUAAUUUAAAAAUAAUUUAAUGAUAAUUAAUCAUUUAAAAAUAAUUUAAUAUUGUAUCCAAGUAUAAUGUAAGCUUUUAAUCAUGAACAAUUGCAUAUCCACAGUCAAUUUAAACAGAAAAGUAAUUUUGGUCUAUUGCAUCUGAAUAUUCAGUGUCUACAAUAAAAAUAUCUUCUAUUAUGUCUGAUAUCUUGCAUUAUUAUUAUUUUUUUUUUAAAUCUUUCUGCUCUAUAAAAAAUUAUUUCGCAGUUUAGUUGUUUCAAUUAUUUUUUUUUAUGUUGGCACAACUUGUUAGUUGCUGAAUUUGUUCAUUCAACUUUUUCACUGUCUUCACUAGUUUGUAAGUUGACUGAACUAGAGUAUUUGUCCUCUCAACUCAAAAAAAAAUGUGUUGAAUCGAUUCAAUGACAACAUCACUUAUUGCGAUAUGUUGUGAAGACCGUUGCAGACGGAAGACGUUCAUCAGAUAUGUAAAAUUUGAAACAUUUCUCAGAAUACAAAUACAAAUAUAUAUAUAUAUAUAUAUUUUCUGCAUUUACA